AAAAGUAAUUUAUUACAUGUUAACUAUCUGUUCAGAAUUGAACUUUUUUAUUAUUGUUUAAGUAUACUAAAUCAAUGUCUUAUUGACGUUAUUGCCCCACCUGCUCUGGCAAUACCAAGCAACUGAGCGAUGUUGUCACCCAGUCUAUCCUGAAGCACCGCUAACGUCACUUGCUCGUCACGUAGCGGACGACUAGCGGACGCGCGUAGACGGAGGAUGAUGGAGAUGCGGUGAAAUAGCUAACGACAUAUCAUCGACUCUGGUGUUUACCACUAAACGGCGACAGACCAAUAUUCACAGAACUGAAUACCAAAUUGCCUUCUACUAUCAAGAGAUAGCCAGCCUGCUGGAUGGAGACCCAGGAGGAAUGACAGAGUCUCCUUCCCCUUGGGUGACACACCGACAGCUCCAGAAAAUGCACUGGGCCAGUGGAUAUGUUUUUCUGGUCCUGGCGUUCCUUAUCGUCUCUCACACCACUGGGGCCUUAUCUCUGGACUCGGAUGGAAACCAUACGGAACCCGACAAUGUGACAGACAGCGGAUUUGUCCCGGUUGUGUUCACAAAAGUGGGCCAGAUAAUUGCCCGUGAGGGGAAAAGCGCGCUGAUUGAUUGCAAUGUCACCGGAGAGCCGUUCCCCAGUGUUCAGUGGUUCAACUCCCAUGGAGACCGUCUGGACACGGAGAUGAAUGGUGAUAAGUGGUGGCUGCUGGACACUGGUGUCCUAAACAUCACCAGCAUCGAGUUUGCAGACCGUGGAAAGUACACCUGCAUGGCGUCCAAUGUGCACGGCAGUUCCAACUGCACAGUGACGCUGCGAGUGAUCUUCACCAACGGUGACAUGGGCGUGUACUACAUGGUGGUAUGUCUGGUCACCUUCACCAUCAUUAUGGCCCUGAACAUCACACGCCUCUGCAUGAUGAGCAGCCACCUGAAGAAGACUGAGAAAGCCAUCAACGAAUUCUUCCGCACCGAGGGCGCCGAAAAGCUGCAGAAGGCCUUCGAGAUAGCCAAGCGAAUUCCCAUCAUCACCUCGGCCAAGACGCUGGAGCUGGCCAAGGUGACGCAGUUCAAGACCAUGGAGUUUGCGCGGUACAUCGAGGAGCUCGCUCGCAGCAUCCCGCUGCCGCCGCUCAUCAUGAAUUGCCGCACCUUCAUGGAGGAGAUCCUGGAGGUGGUGGGCGUGGAGGAGAUGAGGCACACCUUUGUCAGACAAGCGCCCGAGGGAUGCCGCGACACAGUGAGCAGGGUCAUCGGGCCGAGAGACAUCUUCUCCAUCCUGCAGGAGAGGGAGAGGGAGAGACAGCGAGGGCAGGAGCGGGAGCGCAGCGAAUCCCCCGCCGCCGACUCAGAGAACUCCUCAGUUCACGAGCAGCCGCAGCACAUCGCCAUCCAGGUGUCGGUCCACCCGCAGCAGCUCGCCAUCGAGGGUUACUGCAGCAUUGAAGAGCCACCUCAGCCGGAGGCCACACCCUCCUCGCCUCCCCCUUCCUCCCCCCCACCACUUGCUCCUCUUGAGCCCGAGGAGCAGCCUGAGGCCGAGGCAGAGCAGGACACCGACCAGGCUGCGCCCGAAGCAACAGACGCAAACGAUACCCCUCCCUGCCAGGUGUUUUAUGAGAGCCACGUGUGACGAGACAGGCAAACCCUCGGAGGAACAAUAAAUGAUCCUGCUAUGCAUUUCCACUUGAAAAUCAAGAAGAGGUCAACAUGACAUUUUUAAUUUCCCAUUUUGGAGUGAAACAAUCACAUUUUUAUUUAUGUUUUCUAGAGGGACAAUCUCUUGAAACCUUUGUAGACUGUUCUGACAAUAAAUCAUGAGGAAAUCAUGAGAGUCACUCUAGACUUUCAUGCUUGAUUGUACACAGCAGGGGUAAUCAAUAAUAUUAUUAAUGUAAUAAGCAGUGAUUGUAAAGUGACAUUUCCUGUGUUGAGAUUUUUAUAGCUCAGACUAUUAUUUAAAGAAAUAGGGUACUCACGGAGGGUGGGGAGGGCGAAUGAUUUUUUAGUUUUUAGUUUAGUUUAGUGCUAGGGUUUUCAUGACUAACUCCAGAAAUCUGCCUCAAGCUGCUCUUCAUGCCGUUUUUCAAACCAUGAAAGCUAAGCUUACUUCAUCCGCUCAAGAAUUCACAUCCAGCUACUGUUACAGCUGAUCCGUUAUUGUACAACGUCCUGCUCACCUAGAGAUGCAUGCUGGACUGAAAAAAAAAAAAGAGUUUGGUCAACAUUUCAUGAUUGUACAGCCUACUGUAUUUCUACAAAAAACAAACAAGUAAGCCAGUUAAAUCCUUAAAAUGUGUGUAUAGUAAUUACCUGAUUGGGUCACACACCUCUGGGUAGAGUGUUCGUCUGUUUCUUCUGAAAUAUUUUAGUAUUAUAUUAUUAGAGUAUUAUUACUACCCAUUGUGGUGUGAUUUUGUUAAUCAGCUAGUUUAAGCCGUAAAAAAAACAUUUUUUAGUUUUUAGUUUACUAUUCUAUAAAAAUAUCUCCUCAGUAGAGAAGAGUAGCUUCUUUUCCUCCGCCAUGUGCUGAUUUAGGCUUUUUAUUUCAUUUCUGACCCGUUCUUAGCAAUGUCUUGCUUCUGCAGAUGCUUUACAGCACCGUUGCAUUUCUGCUGCAUGUGAGAGUACACAGUGGGCCUAAAAUAACUCCUUUCUUUCUUCUUUUGCUUGGCUAACAGUCCAGUCUGUGGCGGAGAUGAACUGGAUGCUCUUCGGCUUUUGCUGGUGGUCUUGAGAUGGCUUUUUUUUGGUAGUGGAAUAAAAUAGAAGUGCUGUGUAAAAAAAAAAACAUUGAUUCCACAGUUUGGUCAGUUGUGUUUUUGUUUUCAUCCCUCAGUCUCACACAAAUAACUUUUUCAACCUUUGUUCCUAAAUGUCUGUUAAAUCAAAAAAAAGACACUGCUCACAAACUGUCCGUACAUCCAUGAGUACACUGCAAACAAAUCUACAAAUAGCUAAUAUACUUUUAAUGGUUCCAAUUUGCCAAAAUGUAAACAAAUAUAGGCUAAAAUAACAUGACUUAAGUUGUAGCCUACAGCUCACUUAGCUCACCUAUGUUCACUUUUGUCAUUGGGCAUGGAGCCAUGGUUACAAGCUUGUGUCUCCUGAUGUGACAAAGAUGAGGAGGAAAUGAAUCUGCUGACAGAACUGGAAACCUUCAGCCGUCUGUCUCGAAGAGCGAAGCCGUUUGUUUGAA